GUACAAGAAAACUCACCAGGGCAUAGAGCUGGAUUGGAGCCAUUCUUUGAUUUCAUCGUGUCCAUUAACGGUUCAAGAUUGAAUAAAGACAAUGACACUCUCAAGGACCUGCUGAAAGCAAACGUUGAAAAACCUGUCAAAAUGCUUGUGUACAGUAGCAAAACACUGGAACUGAGAGAGACAUCUGUAACCCCCAGCAACAUGUGGGGUGGGCAGGGCCUGCUGGGAGUGAGCAUUCGCUUCUGCAGCUUUGAUGGGGCCAAUGAAAACGUCUGGCACGUCUUGGAGGUGGAGCCAAAUUCUCCUGCUGCAUUAGCUGGACUUAGACCUCAUAGUGACUAUAUCAUUGGAGCAGAUACUGUCAUGAAUGAGUCUGAAGAUCUCUUUUCCCUUAUUGAAACACAUGAAGCAAAGCCAUUAAAACUUUAUGUGUACAACACAGACACAGAUAAUUGUCGGGAAGUGGUGAUUACUCCAAAUUCUGCCUGGGGUGGAGAAGGCAGCCUAGGAUGUGGCAUUGGUUAUGGAUAUUUGCAUAGGAUACCUACUCGCCCAUUUGAAGAGGGAAAGAAGAUUUCUCUCCCAGGGCAGUUGCCCAGUGCAUCUCUCAGUCCCCUCAAAGAUGGUUUCACAGAGGUUCAGCUAUCAUCAGUCAAUCCCUCAAGCACCCUCCCUCCUGGGUCAGCAGGCCUUGAGCAGAGUCUCUCGGGGCUUUCUAUUAGCUCACCUUCAACUACUGUCAGUAAUGUUCUCAGCACAGGUGUUCCAACAGUCCCAUUAUUACCACCACAAGUCAGUCAGUCCCUUACCUCUGUGCCACCAGUUAACCCAGCAACUACAUUACCAGGUCUGAUGCCAUUACCAGCUGGGCUUCCUAACCUGACUGAUCUGUCCAAACUUAAUUUACCUGCACCACAGAUUGUUCCAGAAAUGAUACAGCCUGGUUUGCAACCCCUUCCCCCCUUGCCACCUCUGCAUCUGAUGGGAAUAACGCCUCUGGCCAUGCCACCCAAGUGUGUUCCUGUGCUUCCUUUGGUCACAGAGGCAUCCACUGUGCCUACAGAUUUGCUUCCCUCUAUUCCUCAAGCUGGAAGCUUCUCCGUCAACCCUGGCACUCCUGAAAAUGUAGAGGAGACCUCUGCACUCACCUUGGAUAGUGCUGCUCCAACUUCCAGGGCAACUAUUGUUGACAGAUCAAAUGAAUCCUCUUCAGCUAAUGAAAAAACAGCUGGAAUCACAGAUACACAAGCUUCUGAAUCAUAACUCCAGAUCACUCUAUUGGAUUGGCUUGGUAUUUAUUUAGCCAUGGGAUACAUAUUUGAAAAGCAAGCUAUCAUUAAUUUCAUACUAGUUUGUACUUAAUCUUUAGAAAUCCUGUAAAUAAUAUGGAGGUAUAAUAAAAAUAAAAGGGGAUUUAUAAAGUGUGGGGGGGAGGAAGAACUUGUAUGUUACCAAAAAAAGUCAAGGUGGUAAAUAGAGUUCCACUGCCAAACUCUGAGGUAUGUGUUUUUAAUAGAGGCUGACAGCCUUACCCUGCUAGGCUUGUCCUCGCUUAUAAUUAGCAAUUUUUGCUUCUGACAGAAAUGAAGCGGGUCCUGCGUGUGACAUUUACGUACCAUAGUUCUUGUUCUUUGCAAGUAUCUUGUUUCUACAGUGGGGAUGAGAAUGUUCAGUCUGAGUUGUGAAUUUUAACGCUGCAAAACUUCCACCUGAAGAUAUUUCUGUUAAAAUUGCUGAGUGGCCUGUUAACUGACAUGUUGUUAUUCAGCUUGUACACAAACCUUUGUCUUUAAGCUCUUGAGAGAUGCUCCAGCCCUGUUUCGUGACCACUGCUGCGUUGUUCCAUACGCCCACUGUAAAAUGGCAUCUGGAAGGGAAUACGUGGAAUGUUAAAUGUAGCACACAAUUUGGCACUUCAUGACUACUGUAAGGUGAAUUAAUGGAUUAAGCAUACAUAUAGCAAUAAAUUCCUGGAAUUUUAUUCUUUGUGUGACAAAA